CAGUCAGUCAGUCGGACAGCCCCCAACUUAAAGCUACAGUUCCUGGAGAUGUUAUCUGCCAUUCACUCUCCACAGUAUGUUCAGUCUUAAGAGCAUCUGUCACUCCAGGAAUUGUAAGAUGGAUGGGUCUCAAGUGAACUGCUGCUGCAAGCAAAUGGGGAUAUGAGAAAGGACUUGGUGAUUGUUGGUAUGGCCAGGGAACAGACAACAAGGCAAUACUGUUAGAAACCAAGAGUAAGCCAUGGAGCCGAGGAGAGAACAAAGAUGGAUGGCAUAUCAUAUUCUAUAAACCCUGAAAAGCAACAUUAUCAUGUGUCCUGUGAUCUAGGGUGGUAUUUUCACAGCACUCUUGGCCUGCUGCUUCGCCUUUUACAUGGAAUAUAAUUUCAGGAAUAAGGCUGAUGGAUUUUUAUGUACGUGUUAAGCGUGCUAUCAGAAUUUUCGUAAAGGAAUUUGGCUGCAUCUUGGAAUUUUUUUUUCUCAAAACAGUUUUUGUAUUUUUAACGCCAGUUUAGAAAGAACUAAUUUGUAUUUAACAAAUGGGUUCAGGGUGAUGCCAAGUUUUCCUACAGUUCUGCUCUGUGGAGAGAAAUUAACUGGACUUCUUAUCACUAAAGUUAAGAAUUAUUAUAAAGGGGUUUGAUAGCCAUUCAAUGACCAUACACUCAAUAUCUCCAUCAUGUUUUUGAUCCUGGCCAACUAAAAAAAAAAAGGGUCAUGGGGAACUCUUAUGCUGGGCAGCUGAAAUCUGCCCGUUUUGAGGAAGCUCUUCACAAUUCAAUAGAAGCCUCCCUUCGGUGCAGCAAUGUUGUGCCACGGCCAGUCUUCUCACAGCUCUACUUAAAUGCUGACAGCUCGACAUUCUCACCUGAAGGUGUUGAUGUAAAGCCUAAAGUGGAGGAGUUGGACAAGGAUUUAGUACACCGGUACACUCAGAAUGGCAGCUUGGAUUUUUCUACUAGCCAACCAGUUUCUGAAUUGGAGGAGGAUGAUGAGGAUGAUGAGAUGUCAGAUUCAAACAGUCCUCCUCUACCAUAUGCCCAAAAACCAGCACCAGAAGGAUCUUGCACUAUAGAUGGUUUCUGCCAGGCAGGAAAAGACUUGCGGUUGGUGACACUUUGCACAGAACAGUUUGACGUUCCAGCAGGAUUCCUUUUAGUUGGAGCAAAGACUCCCAGCCUUCCAGACCACAUUCUCGUCUGCGCUGUUGACAAAAGAUUUUUGCCAGAUGAUGAUGGAAAAAAUGCACUUUUAGGGUUCUCUGGGAAUUGUGUUGGCUGCGGAGAGAGAGGUUUCCGAUACUUCACAGAGUUCUCUAACCACAUAAAUCUAAAGCUCACAACCCAGCCAAAAAAGCAAAAGCACUUAAAGUAUUAUCUUGUACGCAAUUCACAAGGAGUCUUGUCCAAAGGUCCCCUCAUCUGCUGGAAAGAGACUCGAAAUCGCCAAUAUCCUGCUGUAAUUCCACCGGCCAAACCACUAACAUCUAUAUCCGCAACCUCAAUUUUGGAAAAUGGAAAUUGCAAUGGAUACAAACCAAGCUUUCCUCAUUCAGAUCUUACAUCCUUCACCUCUGCCAAAGUGCCCCCUACAGUUCACUCAAGUACCCCUCAGGAUCUUUCACGAAACAAGGGAAUUGUGAAACCUCUUGCGCUGCCUGUGCAUAUUGUUGGAAAGACAUUUCCUGCAGCACCUUCUACAAUUCAAGCUCCAGAGAUCUCUAAUGGAACUUUAAAUGGAGGUAGAGCAACUGUAUUAAAUUCUACGCCUUCUCAGCCAGCCCCUCAUUCAACUUCUCCAAGUCCCGGUUGUGUUGCUGGAGAUCAUGGUAUGAAGACAAUGAUUUCAUUUUCUGGCCCACCAAAGAAAAGACACAGAGGAUGGCCUCCAGGAUCUCCAGUACUAGCGCCAAUGUUAGCAACAGCCGCACCAACUGCUCGGCCAGUCACACAAACUGCCGCUUUGCCACAGACAGUUUUGGGAGGAGUUUUUCAGCCUCAGCCUAUUCCAGCUGGUGAAACUGUGAUUGUUCCAGAAAAUCUAUUGAAUAAUUCUGGCAUCCGGCCUGUCAUUCUUAUAGGUUAUGGGGCUUUGCCAUACUUCUAUGGGAAUGUGGGAGACCUUGUUGUUAGCCCUUUACUAGUGAAUUGCUACAAAUUGCAAGAACUAGAAAAGAAGGAGCUGGACCAGAUGGGGGUGUCUAGUUGGCAGUUCUUGAGUGUGGAGAACAUGAUUCUGCUAACGAUACAGUACCUUGUGCGACUAGGUCCAGAUCAAAUACCAAUCCGUGAAGUCUUUGAGCAGAUUGUGCUGAAAGCUCUGCAGGAUUUAAAUUAUAAAGACCACUCCUUGCAAACAUCCCCUGCAGCCUUUCACGUGUCACAGGCCCAGUUGCCAUGGCUUGCCCGCCUGUCGGCCAGUGUUUCUCAGGACUUGGUGCAUGUGCUCAUUACACAGAAUUCCUUGGCAGAGGGCAUUUCCGAGACCCUGAGAUCUCUGUCUGAAAUAAAGCAGCAACAGAAGCUCCCAGACUAUGUAGUAGUAAUUUGUUCGUCAAAGGUGCGGGGCAAUGAAUUCUGUGUGAUAGCACUGGGCAAGUACCAGUCUCGCAUUGUAGCGGAGAGCAUGCUGACCACUAGUGAGUUUCUGAAGGAAAUCAGCUAUGAACUUAUCACUGGCAAGGUCAGCUUCCUGGCUUCUCAUUUCAAGAGCACAUCUCUGGGUGACGAUUUAGACAAGUUACUGGAGAAGAUACAGCACAAAAGAGCAGACCAUGUAGUGGUGCCUUUUAACGGGGAUGUAAAAGAAUGUGUCUCAUCUCAGGAAGCAGCAAGCAUGACACCAACCCAUGGGAGAGGUUGUGACUCAGAAGGCUUCCACAUAUAUCAGUCUCAGCUGUUGAUAGCACGGAAGCUUUUGUCCCAAGUGUGCGCCAUAGCAGACAGUGGAAGCCAGAGCCUUGAUUUGGGGCGAUUCAGCAAAGUUGAUUUUAUGAUCGUGGUUCCUCGUUCAGAAGUCUUGGUACAGCAGACCAUCUGCAGGAUUAGACUUUCAGGGGUUCUAUCAGACCUGGGCCUAGAAGAAACAACAACAGCACACCAGAAAGCAGAUAAAUAUGUGCUCAGGCUUGAUGGGGAAAUUCAUGCUAAAUUCGAUGCCUUCAUGAAGAAAGUGAAACAAAACCCAUACACACUGUUUGUCCUCAUUCACGACAAUUGUCAUGUAGAUUUAACAAGUUUUACUUCUGGAACCCUUUCUCAUGGAGAGCCUACUAUUGGCUUGUCUGAUCGCAUCAUCAACAGCCAAGAAGUGCAAGAAGCCCAGAACCUUAUUGUGCUCCAAGUCAGCUCUUUCCCAUAUGCCUUACAAACACAACAGUCCAAAAUCAGCCCCUGCAAUGAGGUUCACUGGAUCCAGUCUGACACUGCAGAGGAAGUAGCCAGUGAACAAAAGCUUUACUUUGGAAUAAAUGAGUACAGCAAAUCUCUUCAAUGGGGGAUUACCAGUCCUCUUCUGCGGUGUGACGAGACAUUUGAAAAAAUGGUCAAUACCCUCUUGGAAAGGUACCCCAGGCUUCACAGCAUGGUGAUACGAUGCUACCUCCUUAUCCAGCAGUAUUCCGAAGCACUGAUGGCCCUUACAACAAUGGCAUCCCUGAGAGACCAUAUCACACCAGAGACACUAAACAUCAUGGAUGACCUUCUCAGCUCUCCAGCAAAAGACAAGAGUGGGAGAGGACACAUGCUCAUAAUCAGAGUUCCUUCAGUGCAGUUAGCCAUGCUGGCAAAGGAAAGGCUUCAGGAAGUGAGAGACAAGCUUGGUUUGCAGUAUCGCUUUGAAGUCAUCCUUGGAAAUCCUGCUUCAGAGCUCAUUAUUUCUAAGCACUUUGUGACUAGAUUAAAGUUUUGGAGAGGAUAUGAUGAUGAUGAAGACUGGAUUCCAAGAACCUUUUUGGACCUUGAAGGACUUCCUUGCAUUGUAAUUCUUGCUGGCAAAGAUCCUUUUGGAGAAACAUUCCCAAGAUCUCUGAAAUAUUGUGACCUUAGGCUUAUUGAUUCAAGCUUUUUAAGUCGGACAGCCUUGGAACAAGAAGUGGGUUUGGCUUGCUGUUACGUCUCUAGAGAGGUUGUAAGAGAACCCAUGACUGUUCUGGACCUCAGUGAAAAGGAGGCAGACAAGGACAAUACCAGUGGCAAUGACUCUGAUGAACUCUAUAUCGAUUUGGAUCGACCCCAGAGUAACGGCAGUGCUGUGACUGGAACUUCAGGUUCCAUUGCAGAAAAUGGGGUCAGCUCAUCAAGUGCUGCGGAUGAUUCUCAGAGGCAGCCACUGGCCUUCAACUUCCAGAAUGUGGCAAACAGCACUGUAGAUGAAGGAACAUAUCCAAACUCCACUGCCAGUGAUCUUGGCAAGCCAGAGUGUGACUCACUGGGAAGCCAAAUGGCUAGUAGCACUACUAAAUUAUCCCCACCAUCAUCACAGACUUUCAAAUGGAAUGACCAAUCGGGAAGAGAGGCUUUGCAUUUAGCCCUGCCUCGUAUCGUCAUCCUUUCCAAGGCCACCUAUAACCUUCUUGACACACAAAAAAAUGGCCAGGCACCUACUACAAUUUCCCUUUUGCCCCAUGCCGAUGUUUCUUGGCUGAGAACUUUGAGGCCUUCAAUUUCUACCGAUAUGACUACUGAAGACCAGUCCUUGUACUACAGGCAAUGGACCACAGCAAAGCCACACCAUGCAGAUUAUACUAACUCCAGUGAACCUAACGGAAUGAGGUCUGCUCAUACACGACGUCUGCUUUUGACUGGACCUCCACAGGUAGGGAAAACUGGUGCCUACUUACAGUUCCUCAGAAUCCUUUACCGCAUGCUUAUUCGCCUUCUCGAAGUGGAUGUGUAUGAUGAGCAGGAAAUAAAUGCAGUUGAGGAGAGUGAGAUAGACGAAAUCUCUCCGCCUGACUUUAGCCAAUGGCCUGACAUUGAAGUCUUUAGCAAAACGCAAUUUGACGUCACUGUGCAUGAUCCAAAGUAUCGACAUAUCAGCCCUCUGUAUACAGAACGCAACUCGCAUGGGAAACCAGACUCCCAAGCGGAAAUGAAGCCAGAGGAACCAAGAAAACGUGAGACGGUUUCCAUGAUGUUGACUAAAUAUGCAGCUUACAAUACCUUCCACCACUGUGAGCAGUGCCAUCAGUAUAUGGAUGUCAGUUCUACGUCACAGAUGCCAGAAUCCACUUUGCAUGCCUUCACUUUCUCUUCAUCGAUGCUUGGAGAAGAGGUCCAGCUUCACUUUAUCAUCCCUAAAUCUAAAGAACACCAUUUUGUCUUCAGUAAACAAGGAAAGCACCUGGAGAGCAUGCGCCUUCCCUUGGUGACUGAUAAACAAAACCCAAAUAUGGUGAAGAGCCCAAUUUUUACACCUUCUAGUGGCCGUCAUGAACACGGACUGCUAAAUCUAUACCAUGCCAUGGAAGGUAUCGGCCAUCUGCACAUCAUGGUUGUCAAAGAGUAUGAAAUGCCACUAUACCGGAAAUAUUGGUCCAAUCACAUUAUGCUGGUGCUGCCUGGGAUGUUUAACAAUGCUGGAGCAGGUGCUUCAAGAUUCCUUAUUAAAGAGUUGUCCUACCAUAACUUGGAGCUGGAGCGCAACCGCCUGGAAGAACUAGGAGUCAAGCGCCAAUGUGUUUGGCCCCUUAUUGCCAUAAUGGAUGAUUCUUGUGUUCUGUGGAAUCUACAUAGUAAGGUUCCUGAGCAGAUGAGCCCUUCUUUGGAAACAGAGAGCUUGGUUAGGAAUGUGUCCCUGAAAAACGUCUUGCAGCAUAUGGAGGGGACACCAAAGAUUACUAAUUAUGCCAUGCUGGGGAUACAGAAGUGGAACAGCAAACUGAGUUCAUCUUUGCCAAAGCGCCCAUUCUCUAGGUGCCACGUUCAUGAUUUUAUCCUUCUCAACGUAGACCUGACGCAGAAUGUCCAAUAUGAUCUGAACAGGUAUUUUUGUGAGGACGUUGACUUUAAUUUGAGAGUAAACAGUGGGGGCCUGCUGAUAUGUCGCUUCAACAACUUCAGCCUCAUGAAGAAACACAUACAGGUUGGAGGGCACAAGGACUUUAUUAUAAAGCCAAAAAUAAUGGUUAGUUUGAUAACAGAAAGCUUGGCUCCCAUAUCCCCAAUGCAGUACGUGUGCGCCCCAGACAGUGAACAGACUCUGCUGGCUGCUCCUGCCCAAUUCUUGCUGGAAAAGUUUCUACAGCACAGUUCUCACAGACUCUUCCCAAAGGCUCUUAACAACUGUAGGAAUCCCUUACUCGCUGUGGACUGUUAUUUGAAUUUGGGCCCUGAGGUGACUCUGUGCUAUGUGAGCUCCAGGCCGCACUCGGUGAAUGUCAGCUGUGAGGGAAUGGCUUUCAGCGGAUUGCUGCUCUACUUGUGCGACUCCUUUGUCUGUGCAGGGAUGCUGAAAAAAUACAAAUUUCUUAAAGGUGCAACACUUUGUGUAAUCUGCCAAGACAGAAGUUCCCUCCGUCAGACCAUCGUGCGCUUGGAGCUGGAGGAUGAAUGGCAGUUUCGCCUACGGGAUGAGUUCCAGACUGCCAACAGCAGUGAUGACAAACCACUGUAUUUCCUGACAGGACGCCACAUCUGAGUUUGGGAAAAGACUGCUGUGGAAAUGGUGAUAUGGACUCUAGCCGUCGCCAUGGCACAAGUGCAAAUAUGCCUGUGUGAGCACAGCUCUUUUUGGAAGGUCGACGUUCUAAUACAACCUCUUCCAUUGCGCACUCACACAGAGAGGACUUCCUUGCGGAGCCAAAAUUAACUUACUUAUUGGGAUCACUCUUGAACUGGGAAAAGUGUGUUCUUUUGUUACCUCACUGGCUUGGAUGAGCCCCUUCAUAACAAAUACUAAUUCACCAAAAAUGCCCUUGUAGGUUGCAAACAGUCAGUUCUGUUGCACCACUUCUCAGGGCUUCACAGUAACUGCCUUUUGGAUAACCAAGCAACUUUGGUCUUUAUUCUUUUUAGUGUUGGCUUUGGGCAUUGAACGUUGGUUUUACAGUGCUCUCUAAGCACCCACCUUACUCUGCUCCAUGCAAUACUCACUAAUAUUAAUGGCACCUCUUCUCCUUCUCACAUCUGUUUGACUUUACACUUUACCCCAAAAUGGGUUCAUUCUGAAAGCCAUAUUGCCUUCUAGAAGAGCGAUUCACCCACACACAAGUGUUUUGCUUGUCCCCAAAUAGUUAUGUUAUAUAGUGUUUCCAGCUAUUUUUUUUCUAGAAGGAAACUCCUUUCCACAAGCUUCAGACACACAACACAGUAAGCUAUGGUUUGUGCAUUAUGUUAUAGAAAGGACAACUAAUGGUGGUAGCUUUUGAAGGUAUUUCCUGCUUUAUUGAUCCUUUUAUAGUCCAGUUUGGUAGCCCUUAGCUAUUGUUGUGUUAUGCCCCUAGCAUAGUGUAGGGUAAUAGUAGCUGUAGGAGCUGCAAGGAGAAGCUAUGGGAUCAAGAAAAUCAAUUGGUUUAUUUACAAUCAAUAUAUAAGGUAAUAACGUUUUGUGUAUAUUCAUACCAUAUUCGUGGCUUUCUACUGGAAAAAUAGUAGUUGCCUACUUGCCCUUGUGGAUAGGGGUGAGCCAAGUUGGGACUGGGAAUAGUAAGAGGAACAUAUAUAAAUGCACAGCAUGUCCUACUGAUAUGCAAGUUCCCAAUCUUUCCCUUGGUUCCAUUUUGGUUCCUGCAUAGAAAUUAGAAAUAAUGUUAACGUGUUAAAAAUGAAGUGUUUACAAAUAUAGAACAAAAUAUUUAAUAUAUUAGAAAACAAACUCUUUGCCUACUUGUAAUAUACAGUGAAUUGUGUAGCACAUUUUAAAUUAACUAUUUUAGAGCAAUUUUAUAAGCUUUUUUUUAAUCUUUCUGCAAAUGAAAUAGCUUUGUCUUCUCCUUAAAGUGUAGAUGGCGUAGAAUAGGAUAAACCAGGGCCGCCACCCAGUAAUAGACUUGGCUUCUAAGUUGGCUUUGCUUUAGUGAAUUGAGCUUGGCUAAUCGUCGCUGUCUGGUGGUGCUUGUACAGUACACCCCCCCAUAAUCCAAUUUAGAACUGCUGUUGAGCUCUAGUUUCCCUUAACUUGCUAUUGCUAACCUGUAGCGAUGAUGGAGCACCAUGUUGCCCGGCAUAUUGGUUGCAGCGCUCGUCAAACUGCUGCCGCCCCAAAUAUUUCCUAUCCCAGCUCUACAGCCGACACCACUAAAAUAGAAAUGUAAGAAUGUGCAGGAUUAAAUUCUGCCCUAUGUCUUUCAGUAUUGUCCCCCUCUGUUAACUGUAUUGUGUAUGUGUGUAUUUCACUUUGUUAGUGUCCUUACUGCCAAAGGUUCCUGCGGUGUAAUGUGCUUUAUCUUAGACCUGCUGAAGGUUGUCAAUUUGCACUAAAUACUUGGUUACAGGCAUAGAGAGACAUUUCUACCCCAGGAGGAACAUAUUUUAGCAAAGCAGUGGAUCACCCAUGAAUAAAAGGCUAUUCGUUGUGUGGUCACCUUGCGCCAAAGAAACAAUGAAUGUAAUAUAAGUUGUCUGAACGCUAACUUUAUACUCCCUAAUGUCUAGCCCCUUUGCCCAGGUCGUACAUAACACACACACACUGUCUGUUAGAGCUCAGCGCCAUCUUCAUUUUGGUGAAGUCUAUGUGGAUUUGCUUUUUGCUACCCAGGAAAAAGUCGAAUAUGCUGCUUUAUGAAUGUACUUUAUUGACCAAAAACAUGGUGAAUUAUCUUCACUAGUCAGUCUACCUCAUGCUUUUAUAUAUAUAUAUAUAUAUAUAUAUAUAUAUAUAUUUAUAUAUAUAUAUAUAUAUAAAUAUUGUGUGAAGAAUUAUUGUUCAGUUUGAAUUGUAUUAAGGUUUGGACUGUAUUAAAGUUAUUACUGAAAA